AUGGCAUCUUCAUCCGCUUGGCUUGUCCUUCUCAUGGGCAUUGGCCUCUCUGGUGCCCUGGAUUUGAACUUGCAAAAUAGCAGCAGCAAACUCUUGACGGUUCUCAACACAUCUGCUCCGGCUCAAGAGUUGCUAUACCACAUCGAUGUCUGGCGAAAUGAGGCAUCUGCUGUGGCCCAGGAUAAUCCUGCAUCUUCCAAUCUGGAGUCAGUAAUUCGCUCUGAAGUCGGAGGUGACUGGGAACGGGGUAGGCUAGUCCUUCAAAUAGCGAAUCAAGCCAGGACAUUGGAGCUUAAGCAGGCUAUUUACACAGCGCUGUGGAAGGAGCUCCAGCAGACCAAGCAGAUUUACGAUCCCCUAAAGAUUUUAGAAUUUUAUGACCAGCUGUCUGUGCACACUGACGUCCCACUCCAACUGAUGGAUCAUAUUUACCGGGCUUUCAUCUAUCGAAGUGCCCAGUUAUUGGAAGCUCCAUUUCACACUGCCAGUCGAGUAGCCACUUUUCCAUUGGUGGACUCUCUGGUCAAUCGUCUAACAUUCAGCACUUUUGAUUAUCUGAGAGACAUUCUGGAAGUUCUCUACGAUGCUGUUUUGGCCCUGGAAACACCUUUAAGUGUAGUGCAGCGCCUGGGAAAUUUUACGGCUAGUUUGACGCAAUUGGCUCAAGCUAAUCUUCAAUUACUUAGCAGGCAGGAACUCAAACGUGGAGAUCCCGAAGUGCAAAAUGCCCUGCAGAGCAACAUCAGGAAUUUGAUUUCGCAGCCUGGAUUUGAAAAAGAAGUUACAAACUCCCUGCAAUCGGAAAUCUAUGAACACCUUCCGAAUGAUGAGCAACUGCUGUACACCGCUCGAAAAGUAUGCAUCCGGAAUGGGACUCAAGAAAAUUCGUAUAUUUACGAAUGCCCGCAGACGUACCUCAUCUGCAGUAACGCUCGAGAUCCAAAGAAGGCUGCCUAUUUCAUCCAACGUGGUCACAGUAACGACAGCCGGCCGCAAUUUGCUUUUUAUAGUGCCUUCUGGCGUAAUCGCUACAUCCUCAUGGAACCAGCCACUGCAACUGCGAGCAAUGCAACCAACUCGAUUACCAAAAACGUUUACAGCCGGCCAAACAUUAACUGGUGGAGAGUGGUAUAUGUAAAUGGAGGGAUUUCCUUUUACGAUGCUGCCACUGAAAACUCCGUUCUGUGCGGUGGCGAUCCUUUACACUGGGAUGGCGAAGAGCAUCACGUCUACACAAGACAUGCAUCGCAGUUUUCAGCUCAUCAGGCAGAGUGCACCUGGAGCCUCGAAGACUGCAGUGAUGCCGCUUAACUGGAAGUGAGAAGGGAUUUCAAACCUUAAUAACUAUAAAUUAUUACAAUGUUUAUUUUGACUAAUAAGGCACAUGAGAAAAUCCAA